AAUUCUGAAUGGCUACAAAAUCUACUAUAAGCUGCUGCUGACUGGAACCCCUUUGCAGAACAACCUCGAAGAGCUUUUUCACCUGCUCAACUUUCUCACCCCGGAGCGCUUCAAUAACCUGGAGGGCUUUCUGGAGGAGUUUGCGGACAUCUCGAAAGAGGACCAGAUUAAGAAACUACACGACCUGCUUGGGCCACACAUGCUCAGGAGACUGAAGGCAGAUGUGUUUAAGAACAUGCCGUCAAAAACCGAGCUCAUAGUGCGGGUAGAGCUUAGCCCAAUGCAGAAAAAAUACUACAAGUUCAUUUUAACACGUAACUUUGAGGCGUUGAAUUCCAAGGGAGGAGGGAACCAG